AUGCCUGGCCAAGUGGACGAUCUUCUACUCUCUCUACAAAGCUCGCUCCGCAACGCGUUGUCUACCUUCGGGCCAGAGAGCAUUCAAUAUCGAAGCAUCAAGCUGAUGGUCGAUGAACAUAUGGCGAAGCUUGCGCUAGAAAGUCUGUCGAUUGACAGACUGAGUUGGUUCAAAGACGCUGUGCAAUCUUUAAUGAAUUCUUGUGACAAGAAAUCUGCAGUUGAAGAGUCCCUGGUUGAGGAACAGGGCCACAUGUGUUAUGCAUGUGCAAAUGUACUACAUCCAAAAACACCUGACUCUCCCAAGGGUACUCUCAAAGGUUCAGGUCUGAUACACGUGCAUCCGCCAAAGCCGACUGUUCUUGCCGCCCAGAUGCAUUUCAAACCAGAACCCUAUACUAUAUCAGUGCCCCAAUCAGCACUUGACAAGCUCGUGAGGAAACUAUCAGAUGCAGAUUAUCCCGAUGAGCUGGAUGCUCCCAACCAAUGGCUAUAUGGAUCACCUCUGACUGAUGUCAAACAUCUCGCCGAAUACUGGGAAAAAGGUUUCGAUUGGCGCAAAGCCGAGGCAAAGCUGAACGAGCUUCCCAACUAUUGCAAGAAAGUGCAAGUCGAGGGUUUUGGCGAUGUUGGCAUUCAUUUCCUGCACAUCAAGAACUCGAACCCGGCCGCGAUUCCGCUCCUGUUUUGUCAUGGAUGGCCAGGAUCAUUUAUGGAAGUCACCAAACUGCUCCCGCUCCUCAAAGAUGGUGAAAGGAACGGGAAGUCUGCAUUUCAGAUUGUGGCACCAUCACUCCCCAACUUCGGCUUUAGCCAGAGAAUCACAAAACCUGGAUUUGCGCUAUCACAGUAUGCAGAGACAUGCCACCGACUCAUGCAGGAUUUGGGAUACGAGAAAUACAUAACUCAAGGAGGCGAUUGGGGCUUCUAUAUUACCAGAAUAAUGGGCGUUCUGUAUCCUUCUCAUGUAUUUGCAAGCCACAUCAACAUGAUCAGAGCGAAACCGCCGACGUUUGCAACACAGCCGGUACUCGCUCUCCAGCACGUAGUGACGCCAUACACCGAAUCUGAAUCCAAAGGUCUCGAGCGCAGUGACUGGUUCGUCGAAGAAGGCCAAGCAUAUCGCUUGCUUCAAGCCACCAGACCGCAAACGCUUUCAUAUGCAUUCGCGGAUAGCCCGGUUGCUCUACUGGCUUGGAUCUAUGAGAAGCUCAUUGACUGGACCGACAAAUAUCCGUGGACUGAUGACGAGAUUCUGACCUGGGUCAGCAUCUACUGGUUCAGUACUGCAGGUCCAAACGCACAUGUUAGAAUAUACUACGAGGCUGGGCAUAACCCUACCGAGAAGGUACAAAAUCGAGAUCGAGCGAGUGAAUGGAUCGGCCAAGUGAAGUUGGGAGUCGCUCACUUUCCGAGAGAGAUCACCGUGGUACCGAGGAUAUGGGCAAAGACUCUAGGGCCGCUUGUAUAUGAGAGUGACAAUGACCAAGGCGGCCACUUUGCGGCUUGGGAGAGACCAGAUGUCAUUGCUGCAGACUUGCAGAACAUGUUCAGUAAGGGUGGAUCAUGCUACAACCUUGUACCAGGUCGAACUGGCUACUAA